GGGAUGUGUUUGGCGUGCCGUAUUCCCCUCAAACGGAACGAAUUAAUGGAUCUCUGUAUACAUACAGUUAUUGUUGAAUCAAGUAUUUAAUAGUUAUCGACAGGGCGAGCUGGAAAUUGGAACGAUCGAAGACGAGCAAAGUCUGUAAUAUUUUGUGAUCCAAUACAUGAUCGGGUCAUGGCGUAUGUUAAUGUUGCCGAAUGGAAAAUUGAUCAAGUGUGUGAAUGGUUAAAAGGAUUGGAUAAUUCUGUACUACCUUAUGUACAUAGUUUUACAAAUCAUGGCGUCAGUGGACAACAGCUAUUAAGUCUAAGACCGGAAGAUCUAGAACACCUAGGAGUAAUAAAGCUUGGUCAUCAAGAAAUUAUUCUUGAAGCUGUAGAGUAUUUGAGGAAUUUCCAUUACGAGCUUGAUCGUGAAAAUUUACAACUCCUAGCAUUGCGAUUAUCUUGUCAAGCUCAUAGUUUGCAAAAUGAACUGUGCCGUCAGACAGAUUCCAAACCUGUUACAACUCAAACGUUAUCUGAUGUAGCAUCAGUUAUAAUGGCUGUAAAGCCAUUAGUAAGAUGGUUGGAUCGUCCUCCUUUUAGUGGACAAUUAGAAUAUAAUGAUAAAAAAGCUGAUCUAAUGAAAUUAGCUUUAGAAAUGGCCACAUGUGCACAAAGAGAUAGAUUCGCAGAAAAACCUAUAGAAGAAAUCAGAACUAUCUGUGGACAACUAGCAAAACUGGCAGAUUACAUAAUACAGGAUAUUACCGAUCCUAUGAUAUUGCAACCUGCUAGUUUAGAUCUAGCUACUUUGAAAAAAAAACCUGGAGAUGACUUAGGAUUUUACAUUUUGCCAUCUUUUCACGGAGCUCAUCAAAUUGCUGAAAUUAAAUUUGGUUCAGCUGCUCAUCAAUGCGGUAAAAUGGAAGAAGGAGACGAAAUUGUUCAGGUAAAUUAUCAGACUGUAGUUGGUUGGGAACGGAAAAACCUUUUAGAAUUAUUUCGUGAAAGUCCAGCCGAAGUAUUAUUAACUUUAAAGCGUCGACCGAGGCACACAAAAGUAUACGGCCAGAUUUAUAUAAAACCAUAUCGACUUCCCAGCAAUAAGAAAACAUCAUACACGACGAGGUGGCAACAUAAUUUACCAUCUCCAAGACCAGAAUUAUUGACCAUACCAGAUUUCACAAUGCCAUUACCCAGGCACAUGCCAAAGAAUCCCAGUCCAAAACCUGCAAGUAUUUUAGAUACUGUCAAUAUAUUAGACACAAUGAUCAUAGAUAGUAGCGAUUCAGAUAGCGAAGCCGAACCGCCUUUAUCGAUUCGAUUGUAUUCAACGAAACCAAGAAAUUCGGUUCAACGACGAGCUACUAUAACUGGUGCUAGUCCUACUACUAAGCAUGGAAUUGAUAUCGAACAGUUUUGGAAAGAAUUGAAACAGGAACACAGUACAACAUCUCAGUUACGCGACAAAGCUGCAUCUUGUGCUCACGGCCUAGAUAACGUACCAUCAAGCAUACGACCGCAAACAUGCAUAAGCAUAGAACAAAGCAAAAGAAAGAAAAAGGUUGAUGGACAAGCUGAUGACAAGAAACUACAGUUUCUAGAAAAAUCUGUUAAAUCUGAUGUUCCUCGGAUAGAUAAUACAAUUAACGUAAUACAUGAAGCAAAGGAUGAAUCUAAAAAUACUCAAAAUUGUGAGGAAACGUUAACCAUUAGUAAUAGUCCCAGCCAGAUUCCUCAAACACCUGUUACUGUUACCAAUAAUAAUAAUAAUUUGAGUGAUACAAGCGUGCCUUUAGAUGAGUGCAACAAUUUUAUUAGAGAUAGACAUAGCAAUAGUAUGAAUACGCUAAGCGGUAAAGAAUCUAGUAUAUGUAGUGUUAAAGAGCGUGGAAAAUUGGAUAAAAGUUACAGUACACCAGCAUAUGAUUUAACGGAUACUGAUAACGUAGAAGACAGAAAACAAAAAUUAUUUUGUACGUUAGAAUCGUCUAUGAAUAAUGCAAGCAAUGUAACUGCAACUAAGACUGAUAUUCAACUAAUUUCUACGAAUUUGGAAGAUCAACAAAAGUUGAAAGAUAUUGACGAUCAAAAACAAAGUAUUUGUGCAAAUCUUGAUAGUAAUGUUGUUCAAAAUGUUACUAAUACUGAUACGCAAAAUAACGAUGAACAAUGCGUUGAAACUCGCUUGGACUCUCAUAAAACAUUUAUGCGCAAAGUAACCAGUGUAAGUCAUGGAAGCAGCAUAAAAAAUAACCAAAGCAAUAAUGAAUGUAUUAUCUCCAAUGUAAAUAAACAUGACAAGAAAAACGUAAUGAAUAAUUUAUACGUCGAUUUCGAAAAUGUAUCAAAGACGGCAUUUAGCACUAGAAAUUUUGCAAAUAAUACGAGUUUGAAUCAUGAAGUAAAGGCAGAUAAGUUAGAAUCGAGAAAUAAUUACUCACAGAAUAAUAGUGAAAGCAAUCCAAAUUUGACUAAAUUCGAAAAAGUCUUCCGAACGUUUAAUUGUGCCUCGAUAGAACACACAAAACUAAUGGAAAAGAAAUUUUCGACUGCAUUGACAAAAGAGAAAAUGCAAACUCAAGACGAAGAUGACACACGAACUAUUAUUCAAAACAUUCCUCAAAUUCAGAUUAGUCAAACAACACAGACUGGUAAUAUAAAAAUUGAUAAUGUAAUCGGUCAAGGAAAUAUGAUACAAUCUUGCAAAUACGAAGAAUUAACAAAGAUUGAAAUUAGUAUAAAGUCAGAACCUAAAUCUCAUUUAAUACCUCCAGAUCCCCCACCACGUACAUACCUUUCGAAGUUAACAAGUUCACCUUCAGAUAACACUUCGAAAGCUCUUGAAGAUCAAGAAAAACAUUAUGCGCAUCAAAGGCCUACUGUUAGAAGAGAUCUAAAGAAACCAGAAUUUUGCGUGGAAAACAAUACUAAAAGCAAUUUAAAUCUUCAAGAAAAGCAAGAUUACUUUGAUGUUUGUAAUAGCUUUACAGAAAAAUCAAUAGAGUUUAUGGAUGAAAUGAAUACUAUAGGGAACGAAUGCAAACCUAGUUUAAACGUUGAUUCUUCGUACAGAGAAUACAAUGAUAAGCAAAUAAAAGAAGAUAAGUCUAUCUGUGAUAAGUAUGAACCUUUUGUUGACAAAUUUGGUUACUCUAGUUCAGGAAUGGAAUACUAUAAUCCUGAAUCUUGUUUUCAAAAUAUGGACUCUCUGGAUGGUUCGUGCUCUUCAAAGCAAUUUCAAUCCCUGGAACAUAAAUCGAAACUUUAUGAAAAGGAGAAACAUUUAGAGAAAGGUGUAGUCAAUAAAGCUAUGAUGGUAGCCAGAAGUAUUGGACUGCAUGGAAGUUUAAGCAAAUCAUCCAGUAGUAGUCCUAGAAGUACCAGGAAACGGAGCAUACUAUUUGCAAGGAAAAGAAACAUUUCUGUCAAAGAUAUAGGCACAGGUGAUUUAGAAAGCUGGUUAACAUAUCGCACAAGAGGUGCAGGUGGUGCUUGGGCUAAAGCUUGGUUUGUCUUGAAAUGUUCAUCUUUAUACAGGUUUAAAACGCAAAACAGCAUAAAAGCAGAUUGCCUCAUAUCUUUAACAGGAUUUACUGUGUCACGAGCUGCUGAAGUGAAAUCAAGGAAAUAUGCGUUCAAAGUUUACCAUACAGGAACGGUAUUUUAUUUUUCUGCUGAUACAGAAGAUUCUUUCUCUCUGUGGUUAGAGGCAAUUAACAAAGCGACUUUAGGGGCGGAUGGUCACAGUAGAAAUAGUGCUCUUUUUAGCGAAACAGAUGAGAGCGAUGGCGAACAAAAAGCUAAACCUAAGAAUGUUCAUACCGCAGAGCAUAAACCAAAUCUUGAGAAAUCGUUUGGUUCGUUGAAGAAAGUUAUUCGCAAAGAUUCUUCUGGAUAUAAAGAUCAUGAAAUUAGUGGUGCCAGUUUAGAUAGAAAAUACUUGAAAUUUCUUGGUACAAGAAAUCACAAUAUACCUGUUCCAACUGCGCAAUUUCGGAGUUACAGAAGAGUGCUUCCCACGUCAAUGCCCAACAAGAAACAAGAUUCUGUUCCUAACUCACCAGACUUACAAAUGACAAUUGCAGGAAGUACAUUUUAUGGACUAUCCGCAUCUCAAAGUGCUACUGAUAUGUCGACCAAUUCUCAGGAUAUGGGUGAUUACAGGCGUACCACAGAUAGCCGAAAUAGAAGACCUGACGAGCUACAAAAUUUUAUCACAUUGGAAGAAUUCAUGUUAUUACAACAAGAAGAUCGAGGACAAAUAACAAGGAAUAGAUCUGUAUCACCAAGAAUGACACCUUUAACCAGCGAUCACGUUCAUGUUCAACAUAGAAAUUUUCAUGACAAUGGAACAGUUAACGAACAAUCGAAAAUUACCACUGAUAUAACCGCUAAUAAUGACAUUGUACAUGGUCGAAAUAAAAAUAAUGGCGAAGUGGCAAAUAAUAUUGCAUCAUAUGGAUACUCGCGAAAUAUGGAAAAUGUACACGCAACGAGACAAUUAAGCGGAGAUUUCGAUUUUGAAAGAAAUGAAAAUAAGGGUGAAUCGUCAAAAUGUUCAAUUCGCAAAAGGUCAAACGAAUUUUAUUGCGUUCAUAAAAAAAAUCUAUUGGAUGGAUUAAAUUCUGCGCAAGCGAAACCGUGUGAUUCAGCUCAUUUUAAGAAUGUUACACAUGAACAAAAACAAGUGACUUCCUUAUAUCAUAGUAAAUCAAAUACUGCUGAAAAGUUUGAUAAACAAACAAAUAUGGUUUGUGAGCAUAAUGCUUGUAUGUACCAAGCACAGCAUUUAAAUAAUCAUGACAUUUCUAGAUCAUAUGAUUAUUACAAACUUCCAAAGCGACUUAUACGCACCGAUGGUUGUUCUGGGUCUACCAACGAUCUUACGUAUCAUGCUUAUGAAACUUUGCAACUCGCAAAAAAAGAUGCAAACGUAAGUCGUAAAGGAAGUUUUAACUUAACGAGUCGUCGCGAUCAUUCUUCAGAUAAGCAUUGGUUGGACUCUUUACGACGAAGCGAUAAAAAGGACGUUGAUCAUGAUAAAACUCGUUUAAAAAAUGUAGCACAGUACCAACCACCACCUAUACCAACUUCUCCAUUUGAACAAGAGGGAAUGACUGCUGCAUUUGAAAUGCAUUUGGAUAAAGGUGAACAGGUUCAAAAACCAAGUCGUUUGAGGAAUUUAUUUGGAAAUAAAAGUCAACAAAAGCCUUGCACGCUUGAUCUGCCUAAAGAAACACCAAAAACUUUGCUAGGAUCACCAAGGUUACAUAGAGCAUUGUUUCGAGACAAAUGUUACAAUCAAUCACGUUUACCCAGUCGAUCAAAUAGCCAAAGUCCAGGUGAUAGUGGAAUCAGUCAAUCUAUUAGUUCCUUCAGUGGAAAUAGUCCACAAACCCUCAGUCAAAGUUAUAGUUCGGUUAGCUCUGUUAGUGAUUGGAGUCCAGACACACCAUCGCCAUGUACCCCAAACUUGUCAAUGAAAAGUGGUGCAAGUAAUUCCUUAUGUCAAAAAGGAUUUACCACUACAGGUCGAAAUUCGUUAAACCCGCCAACAUUACCUUAUAUACCACCGCCUACAUCGCCUCCACCUGAUUAUCCUGGUCUUGAAUAUCCACCAGUAUUUGAACCUGGUACUUAUUCUCUUUUAGAUGCUUCGUUACUGCGUCAUCGUAAUAAAAGUAAUCGGGACACUCAUUAACUAAUGGUACGACGCGCUUCAUCAAACUACAUAUAAUAGCCAAAGAUAAUUUCUUUCAUCAUUCAUUAAUGUAACCAGGUGUUUUAUAUAAGAAAUUUAAGAGUUUACUAGUAUUUUUCUAUAAAGUAUUCAAAUUUAACCGUCCAUUUUAGAACCAUUUGAAUGUUAUCAAAAUCUUUUUGUAUAAAUUGAAACUGAACUAUCCACUCAGGAUGUAAUAUACGUUUGCUGAGUGGAUGACUGAAAUCAAUAUCAUAUACCAUUGCCUUUGUAAGUAUACUAAAAAGUAUCAUUCAUAUCUAAUUUGAAGAGAUUUCAUUUUAUUAUUAUCAUGGUAUGUAAUUAUUGUUACUAUAAAUGAGUAAAUCGAAACAUUUUAUUGUAUUUUUUAAAAUAUUUUAAAUAGUAUUAUGUAAAUUGAACAUUUAUUGUAUGUAAAUUAUGUAAUCCUAUACUAAUUAAUAAGGACGUAAUGUUUUCAUAUAGAAUAUUACAAGUCCAUUCUCCUUUUACAUAAAAGACUACAAGAAGGUUAUAAUGACAUAUUACUCGAAGAAAAACUAUUAUAAAAAGUUAAAGUAUAUUAGACCAACUAAGGAGCAUACACUAUUUGCGAUAUCAGACUAAAAGUUACUUCGCAUACGUAAAAGUACCUUCAAAUAAUUGUUUAUUUUAAGUUUAAUGCGAAAUGGUCCUUUUUUUAUGUAAUAUGUAUAUAGAAUUUUAAGUUAAUACUUUCAAUACACCAAAUGGAAGUGC